AUGGGUUUACCAUGUUUACCUACUACAAUCUACCCUGGAGGCCAAGGCUAUCUGGGUCCCGCUUGUCGAUUCAAUGUUCGGGAGAGUGGAAGUUUGGAGCUAGCAACCCCCAGACAAAGUUACCCAAGACCCAAGGUUUCCCAUCCUACUGAACCGUCUUCCGGUCAAGAUGGCUUGGGGGAAGAGGGGAACACCGAUCCCCACCCUGUCCGCUUGUGCCUUAGAACGCUGAAAGUGGUGAACCACGACCGAAGGCAAUUGCACGGCGCUCCAAAGGAGUCAGAGCUGAGGCGGAUCACAGCAUGGUCACGCCAAUACAACAAGCAGUGUCUACGUAUGGGAUAUUCUGUACGACAGUGA